GAGGAAAUAAAAACAGCCGAGGAAUCCUUAUUCAAACCAGAUCCAACUGCCGUCAAUAGUAAAGCUGAUUCGUACUUCGUGGACGAUGAGUUCCCGCCUACUUUAGGGUCACUGACCUAUUCAGGUCAGCCUGAAUUCAAACAAUAUUUGCCAAAGAUUGAGUGGAAGAGGCCCUUUGAAAUCAAUCGGAACGCCACCAUGAUUAAACACGAUAUGUCGUCAGCAGAUAUUCAACAGCAAGCUCUGGGUGACUGCUGGUUCAUCGCAACUUGCUCAGCCCUAGCCGAUAACCCGACUCUUCUCUCUCGCGUCGUCUCGUGUCAGCACAUUCCCCUCUCAGGGUCCGAGUACAUUGGGGGUCCAUUGACAUUCAGCUUCCACCAAAAUGGGGAGUGGGUCGAAGUUAAAAUUGAUGACCUGCUACCUGUCAGAGACGUGGGAUAUGGGAAAUACCAAUUGGUGUUCUCUAAGUCGACCCAGCCGAGUGAGAUGUGGGUGAGUCUGCUGGAGAAGGCAUAUGCCAAACUGAAGGGGUCAUACGAGGCACUCGUGGGGGGCAACGCAACUUCAGCUUGGUCUGAUUUAACAGGAGGAAUGACUGAAGUUCUUCUUCUGGAGGAUGAAGAUAGUUCUAAAGUGUGGAAAAGGCUGCGUGACGUCACAACAAACCACACUUCCUUCGCCACUGCCUCAUGUGGAAAAUUAGUCGACGGCGAAGGACCCCUCCCAGAGGACAGUAUUGGACUCGUGGAGUCUCAUGCGUACUCUGUGGUGAAAUGUGUUAGUUUCGGGUGGAUGGAGGAGAAAGUGAAGCUGAUCAGACUGAGGAACCCCUGGGCUUCAUUCGAGUACAAAGGUCCUUGGAGUGAUGCUGACCACAUCUGGAAGAAAAUAGAAUUCCAAGAAAUAGCACGAUUUCUCGAGUUCCAGGAAAAACCAGAUGGCGAAUUUUUCAUGGAGUUCAGCCAUUUUAUUUCCAUAUUUCGAGGGGUCACUAUAUGCACAACAGAGCCACAGUUCACCAUAAAUGGAAAGGUUGUGAACGGCUUUGAGAUGUCAAUCAAGGGAGAGUGGGUGGAAGGCGUGAAUGCAGGUGGCUGUCUGAACUUCCGGGAGUCCACGUUCCCCUCCAAUCCCCAGUACCAUAUCACACCUCAAACUGAUGACGUCACAAGUUGCACAAUAUCUUUACUGCAGUUUCACCCUCCUACGCCUACAAACAAAACAACAUUCCACAACUGCGGCCUCUACGUGUACGAACUGAAACGACCCAAAAACUCCAGCAGAAAACUACCUCUGAAACACUUCCAGUACAAUUCGCUCCAUGCCAGGAGCAAACUGUUCACUAAUUUCCAGGAAACAGUGAUCAGAAUGGAUGUGAACACUGCCCAUAGCUAUGUAAUAAUUCCCUGCACUUUCUACCCACAAAAAAGUGCACAAUUUUUGUUGCGUGUAUUUACAGACGGCGAGUGUUUGAUAGCGGAGCUAAAUUGAUUCACUAAUUUAAAUUAAUUGCGCAUAUUCAACCUUGUCAAUAGCAGAUAAACGUUGCUAUUUUUAAUACAGGCUUUAUUACUGUCGAUU